AACGCGUGCAAUUCGCCAAGAGCCUCCGACACGUCGACGACGGUAACCCGACGGAGCAAAGCCCGCUUCCAGUUGAACACAGACCGCGGCGUAGGAAACAUCUCGUAAGAGUCAGGGGUGGUCGUCGUGUUUUUUUCACCGUUGAGAAAAUUGACGGUGAAAUUAUUCAAAUACCCCGCGAAACUCCGACCAGCUUCCCGUCAAAAUUCAAAUUCCGAUCGACGACUUGACGCGCACUUUGAGCCCGCGCACAACCGACUCGCGAGAGAAUUACGCUCGACCCGAUCAACCGCAGUCAGUUCCCAUACUUUGAACCGCACUCAACGGGGUUAGACUUGUGAUCGCGUUGGCAAAUUAUUGUACAAGACUUUGAACUGGGAUCGGGGUGAAUUGGGGUUUGAAAAUAUUGGAGAAGAAAUUUAAAAAAAAAGAAUUUUCCGAGUUUUAUUUAUAAUUUUUACCAAUCACGACCGACGGUAUCUAUAAAUUAUUCUAAAUCGAAUUUUUAAUAUGUAUAAAGGAAUCGAGGAGAAAAGAAGACCGUUGAACAAAACUAAGUAAUAUUUAAAAAAAAAAAAAUCAGUGAUAACCGACCAGUGCGGAUUGUCGGACUGUUUUCUUUACUGAUCAGCUGUGAUUUACGCCCCGUAUAUAAGCACAAGUGUCAGACAUUCCCGCCGUUUCGAAGCUGGGAGCUAUUCAUUACCGAUUAGCUUAUUGUACUCAAUGGGACGUCCGCCGCAUUUCAAAUCAACUCGAUCGACUGACUUUAUACUCUGCGAACUGUGAACCCAGCAGGGAUCAGAACCAGAGAAGGCAUCGACUAGAGGUGGUGGCCCGACCCUCGAACUGGGAGUAGAAUUCCAUGGGGUUAUCCGAAGAGAAAUUCUACCAGCGCCGUUGAUGUAUUCAGUACAAAUUGAGUCUACAGAUUGCGGUAAAGCUAACGCCUAAUUUCAGAAUCACAGAGAGAGAGAGAGAGAGAGAGAGAAAGAGGGAGUUCGUUUGAAUCGUCAAUUCGAUUAUUCAACCUCCGUUAUACAUACAAUACGAUGUAUAAUAAAUUGCGCAAGUAUUAAAAUAACCGAAAAUGCCCUGCAGCACGAUAAAUUACCAAAGUAAAUUAUCAGCUAUUGUAACAACCCCGAAUUCGGCUGGUAAUCAAGAACUUGUUUCGCCCUCGCUGCGAUCAGGAUCCAAUCACGCAGCGGUAAAAAAUCUCCCCUGAAUCCAAAUCUACGGAAUACAACAUCGCGAAACAGGGAUAAAGAACACCGUGACUUGAUUCUUCGAAUCGCUGAUGCAACCAGUCGAGGGUGAGGCGUGUAAUUAUAGACUCGAGCAGGGACGUCAGGAACGUCAGGAACGACAUCUAAUCAGUUGAGUCGUUGCGCAAGUAAUAUACCUGUAUACUCCAUGGCGUUGCACCUACUCAACGAACGUGAGUACAAUGCAAGUACGGUACAAAUAUACUUCGGGUGACAUGACCAACAUUUUCAUGCCACAGCUUUUAUCCGCACUCGCGUCAACGUUUCCUGUGCGGUAAUUAAACCGAGAGAUGUCGAAGUGACUGGAAGCGUACCGGCGAUUUAAUCACGCACCGUUCCAGAGUCGAAAAACGGUACACCGUCAGCGUUGAAUCGCGAAAUUAUUUCUGAGGAAAACAUAACGGAUUAAUGGAAUGUACAUGAACGGCUGGUAGCGGUUAUCGAAUAGUCAAAAGUUCGUGUUGUCGAGGCUUUCGAAACGGUACGAUCAAAGCGACACCUCAAACAAAUAACGAAGAGUGAGUACAAUCGUCAUCAGUGUCAGUGCCAUGCGAUCAGUGGUGAAAACCUAGUGAACAGUGUCGAUACCGAGACGCGUCACAUCCAAGAUGACCAUGAUCAACCCGAUGAUCGUGCUUCCGGUGGCUGUUAUGUACGUGACGUUUUUGGUCAACUCGGCCGUGACGACGGUGAACGAAACGGACUAUGAGAUGAUGUACGACGACGCGACGACAGACGAGUACGACGUCAAUGACACCUCGAAUUGCACGGACUACUGCGUUUCUGACGCCGAGUACAUCGAGCUGAUGGAGAACCACAUAUUUCCGGACGUUAACGAUUGGAUUCUGAUAGCCAUGCACAGUGUCGUUUUCGUCGCCGGUCUCGUCGGCAACGCCCUCGUCUGCGUGGCCGUUUACAGGAAUCACUCGAUGCGCACCGUCACCAACUACUUCAUCGUAAACCUCGCGGUUGCCGAUCUCCUCGUCAUCCUGAUCUGCCUGCCCCCAACCGUUGUCUGGGACGUCACCGAGACCUGGUUCCUUGGCCUCAGACUCUGCAAGGCCGUUCCCUACUUUCAGACGGUCUCAGUUAGCGUGAGCAUCCUCACUCUGACUUUCAUUUCGAUCGAUCGUUGGUACGCCAUCUGCUUCCCGCUGAAGUUCAAAUCGACAACGAGCCGAGCCAAGACAGCGAUAAUAAUAAUUUGGGUAGUCGCCCUGCUUUUCGAUCUCCCGGACUUGAUGGUGCUUCAAAUUGUGCAGCACAAAUACAGGGUCGAGACGACAUUUUUCACUCAGUGCGCUCCCUCCUGGAGUCACCAGAGCGAAGCAACCUUCAUCAUCAUUAAACUGGUCAUCUUGUACACCGCGCCGCUACUCUUCAUGAGUAUCGCAUACUGGCAAAUCGUACGCGUUCUCUGGAGGAGCGACAUUCCCGGACACAAUUUUUCGAGCAGAGGGAGUCACGUAAUAGCGACCACCAACAACCCCGGUAAUCUCGAGGGUCAGUUAAGGUCCAGGCGAAAGGCUGCCAAAAUGCUCGUAGCUGUUGUACUGAUGUUCGCUGUAUGCUACUUUCCAGUUCAUCUACUGUCUGUUCUUAGGUAUACAGUGGAAGUUAAGGCGAACCAGACGACGAAGACUAUCAGUUUGCUGGCCCAUUGGCUCUGCUACGCAAACAGCGCAGUGAAUCCUCUCAUCUACAACUUUAUGAGCGGUAAGUUCCGGCAGGAGUUUCGUCGCACGUUCCUGGACUGUUCGCCGAACAACGAGAACGGCGGUGUGAGUCGUCGGCCGACGAUACCGAGCGGUUAUCGGCUUUCGCAAAAUCGGCGUGACCUUUGACCCUCGCAAUCAGUGCGCCGCGUCACCUGGGCCAAGCGUUCGUUCGAAAGUCGAAUGGAGCCUGAAACUGUCGAAGAAAAUGCGGGACCAGCAGAGAGGCGGAUUUCUUCCAGUCUUGGUACCUGCAGGAUAGAGUUUACCUACAGGUCGUAUACCUGAGCCUGCGCUGCGUCGAGCAGUUUCAAAGAAUCUGCUGCAGCGAAGUCGGAGGGAGGAAAAGUAACGAUCGUUAAAUUCCAACGAUCAACUGAUCUUUGAUCAGUCAAAAUCCAAAUAUAUCUUUGAGCUUAUCCUCGUGUAUUCAUUGAUUGCUAUCAAUGUUUGACCACCGGUUGAUAUGUAUAAUAUUAUUAUAGGUGUAUGAAUUUUUAGCCAGAUGUUAAAAUAGCAUUGCUGUAAAUGCGUAUAAUGCAGUGACGAAAUUUUGUAUUGUGGCUGUGUUUAAAAUGUACACCUUUAUUUAUUUAUUUACUUUUUUUUCUUCUUAUCCAGAUUAUAAUGGAUUUUAAUACUUGAAAGACUUUGAAACGAUAUUUAUAUUUUUUUUCUAAAAUACCGAAAUGGCGUAACUCUUUUUCAGAUGAUCUAUUACAUAUAUUAUCAAAUCAUAAAGUAUCGAAUAAAGAUGUUAAUUUUUAAUACAAAUUACGGAAACUUUGACAAAGCCCUUGUAAUUUGUUUUACGGGCAUUCAGUGCGUCAAUUGAUCAAAACUUAAGACUGUGUGUUGAAUUUUACGUGCAGUAUGAAAUGAACGACUCUUAACUUCAUCUACCUGCAUAAAAUAAUUCUCGUCCUUAUUAUUUUUUCAAAUAAAGAAAUAAAAAAUCAAUGUAAGUUUAUUAUAAUUAUCGGGCGCACGGUAAUAACAGUGAUAUUGUAAUUAUAAACAUUUUAUCGAAAUUUAUACUGCUGUGAUUCUUGAUGAAAAUCUCGAAACCAAAUUGAACAGAUGUAUACGUACAUGUAUUGUAAUAUGUAUGCAUGAAAUUCCCCUGUAUAUAAUAUAGCGUAAAUCAUGAUCGACA